UAAAGGAAGUGAAAAAAAAAAGGAAAUUGGAGGACGAAUCUUCCAAGUCCUUACACGGUGUCUUCCAUGAACUAAGACGAAGUAACAACACAUCCUUAGACAAAUCCAGUCUUCUGUCCUUCUUCCUCUUUCAUGGUCUUGUCUGAGAAAGAGGAAGGACUUUUUUUUUUGCUGUUCAUUGAAUUGAUCCAGAAAAUUUUAGUGAACCCAUAGAAUCAAGUUCCUGGUUUGCUUCCCUUUUUGGGUUUUUUCUUCUUCUUAUUUAUAGGGUUUUAAUCGUUAGAACUGGUUGGGAAUCCACGAGUUGACCGAAUUGGAAAGCUCUGUUUUUUUUUUCUCUCGUUUUGGAUGUUCUUGUUCCUGGGUUUAUCUAUUUCGUGUAUGGUGGGUUUAGGGCGUCGGACAUUUACUGCAUCAGAGUUGAGGUUUUUAGGGUUUUGAAGCAUUAGGGUUUCGAAAUUCUAGCUCGAUUUGACGAUCUGUUGUGGGUUUGAGUGAAAAGGGUAUCUGAGAAUUGAACCCAGAUCAACGCAGUGAUCGACAGUUUCGUCAAUUUGGUACGUUAGACAAGAUUCCGAGCUGAAUUCCAUUCUAAGGUUGAUACUGGUGGAUUAGCGAAGUGUUUGUGUAAAUCUAGCUGAUUAAAAGCCGGUUUCGUGAUAUCGAAUUCAAUCCUUUAUGCUUUUGUUCAUGGAAACUUUCAGGGUUUAGGACUAAAGUUCGAUCCUUUAGCAUAGUUAGUAUUGUGUAGAAAGGGUUUUAGGUUACUAAACAUGAUGCUUAGCGUUCUGUUGUGUCUAUUUGUGUUUUUGGGUAUGAGGAUUACUUCUGUAUCUGCCUCUCUUGUCUGGUCUGUUGAUUGUGGUUCUGACCGUUUGGCUUACUCGUCGUCCCGUCACCGACGAGAGAUUUCGUUCGCUAUCAAUGGCAAUUCGGUGGAUAGAGCUCGUUUCUGUGAAGCCGUAUGGUGUCACAAAUCCAAAGGCUGUAUCCUUAAGGAUUCUUUCAGGGACGACUUAUGCAAGAUUCGUAAUUUACUAGGGAGAAGGGUUCUGCAAGAAAAAUCGGGAGAAGAUUCCCGGAAACACAGAGCUGAAUUGUUAUCGUACCCUGUAAAAGCCGGCAUGGCAGCAGGCGGGUUAUUGCUCGUCUGUUGCGCUAUUGUUUGUCCUUGUUUGCACAAGGAGAAGAAAGCAAAAGCUCAUGAAGUUCUUGGAAAGGAAUCGAACCCUGGGGAGCAAGUUCUGAAUUUCGAAAUGAGUCCCCCGUCCGAGAAAAUUCCGCCAAGCCCGUUCCGGGUACCUCCAAGCCCGUCUAGAUACGCUAUGUCCCCAAGGCCGAACAGGAUCGGACCGUUGCAUCUAAGCAUGAGUCAGAUUUUUAAAGCUACUAACAAUUUCUCGGAGAGUAAUCAGAUUGGCGAAGGCGGUUUCGGAAUUGUGUACAAAGGCUUUCUUGAUGAUGGUCCCGUUGUCGCCAUAAAACGAGCGAAGAAGGAACAUUUUGAGAAUCUGCGGACCGAAUUCAAAAGCGAAGUCGACCUUCUAUCCAAAAUCGAGCAUCGGAAUUUAGUGAAACUGCUUGGUUACGUUGAUAAAGGAAAUGAGCGUCUCAUCAUAACGGAGUACAUUGGAAACGGAACUCUGAGGGAUCACUUGGAUGGUGUCGGGGGAAAAAUACUCGACUUCAACCAGCGGUUAGAGAUCGCGAUAGAUGUCUGCCAUGGACUGACCUAUCUUCAUCUCUAUGCAGAGAAGCAAAUUAUCCACAGGGACGUGAAAUCGUCGAACAUUCUCCUGACGGAAGGCAUGAGAGCCAAAGUUGCGGACUUUGGGUUCGCGAGAGGCGGUCCGUCGGAUCCUAACCAAACCCACAUCGUAACACAAGUGAAAGGAACAGUCGGUUACCUCGACCCUGAGUACAUGCGGACAUACCAACUCACUGCCAAGAGCGAUGUCUUCUCGUUCGGGAUUUUACUCGUCGAGAUUCUCACUGGACGUCGUCCCGUGGAGGCCAAACGACCUAUUGAUGAACGGAUAACUAUCCGAUGGGCGUUCAACAAGUACGAGGAAGGGAAGGUUCGGGAACUGGUGGAUCCGAACAUGGGGGAAGAAGUGAGCGAGAAGAUACUGCGGAAGAUGUUCGGUCUGGCGUUCCACUGCGCGGCCCCGACACGGAACGAGAGACCGAACAUGCGGACCGUUGGGGAGCAGCUUUGGACCAUAAGAUCCAACUAUCUCAAGCUAUCAAGGGAACUAAUAUAAAUAAAUAAAUAUAUAUAUAUUAAAUAAAAGCACAAAAACUUGAUUCUGUUUUUGAGUUUGUGUUCGUGUUGGUAUUGUGCCUGUCUUUCUAUGUAAAGAUGACUUCAGAUUGUGGCUAGUUGAUGAACAACCGGUCAUAGUCUUGACAUAUUAUUGAAAUUAGGGUUUAGGGUUUGGAUUUGAUUA